AUGGACGAGCAGAGUAUACCAUCUUCAGUACAAGAAACCAACUGUGAGCCACAUGAAAUAUGGUGUGAAGAAGACAAUCGCCCAAUUGAAGAAAUGGGAAGCCAUGAAUUAAUUUUAUUUGGUAUUUUGAUACUACUUUUAAUUGGAUUUACGGUUACAAUUUUAUUACUAAAGCGUUUUCUCAGAAGAGUAACUGCAGAAACACAUCACGUAAUAUAUAGAACUAGAGGCACAAAUAGAUAUAGACCAGGAUUAUCAACAAUUCAAGAAGAAUCAAUGUCAGAUUCAGAUAUACAAAGAUUGAAUAACCCAGCGUAUACAAACAGACAAGAACUUUCUCCUUUAAUAAGCUCAAGCAGGCCAGAGCACUUCCCCCCAACAUAUGAUGAAGCCAUGAGAAGCACAGCAUCUUCUGUAGGUAGCAAUACCACGGAGCAAUCAGAACUUCCUACAUAUAUAGAAGCAGUCACUAGAAGCACAUAA